AUGCGCCACUCCAAAGUCAACUACUUUGUGGUGGAGUCGGGGGCCAGGCCCUUCGAACAGGUGCGUGCAGAGUGGAACGUGUGUUUAUGGAUAACGGCACUCAAUGGAGCGGCGGUGAGGGCCAGGCCCUUCGAACAGGUGCGUGCAGAGUGGAACGUGUGUUUAUGGAUAACGGCACUCAAUGGAGUGGAGUCGGGGGCCAGUCCCUUCGAACAGGUGCGUGCAGAGUGGAACGUGUGUUUAUGGAUAACGGCACUCAAUGGAGUGGAGUCGGGGGCCAGGCCCUUCGAACAGGUGCGUGAACAUCAGCUUGACAUUCGUUGCCAAGAGUGA